UGGUGGAACGCUGGCUCGGCUCGCGCCUGUGCGCGCGCGCUGCCUUGCCAAGCAGCCGUCCUGGGAGCUCUGCUGAGCGUCGCAGGCAGGAGUGCCAAUCCCACGUGAGCUGAGGGGGGAAAAGACGGACGCUUGGCGGGAAGCAGGAGAGGACCCCCUCCCCAAAGCAUGGGGUUUUGGGGCAGUGCCCCGGCGAGGCGUGAAGAGUUCGCGGGUAACUUGCAGCCAGCUGCCCUGGAAUAGUGGCUCUCCGGACCGGAUCAGCUGGCGUUGCUCGUCUAUGUCUUGUUGGUGGAUUUUUCUCUCGCUCCUGGAGGAAGAGCCCGGAGCCGCGGGUUGCCUUCGUCUUGGUCAUUUUUGGAGGGCGAGGGAAGGGAAGGGAUCUCGCUUGAGCUGUGCAGCGAGAGCGCUCGGACAUGUGUUGUCAGCACAUCUGGGGAAUACAGUCUGCGAGUCCGAAGGGAGCUUUGCUGGGAUCCUUCAAACUGCGAUAUUGAUCUUUGUUGUUUCUUUUCGCCGAGGGAUGCACUUGGCAUGAGAAUCGGAGGAUGGAAAUUGUUUGGGAGGUGCUUUUUCUUCUGCAAGCUAAUUUCAUCGUCUGCAUUUCAGCUCAACAGAAUUCACCAAAAAUCCAUGAGGGCUGGUGGGCCUAUAAAGAGGUGGUCCAGGGCAGCUUUGUUCCAGUUCCUUCCUUUUGGGGAUUGGUGAACUCAGCCUGGAAUCUCUGCUCUGUUGGAAAAAGGCAAUCACCAGUCAAUAUAGAAACCAGCCAUAUGAUCUUUGACCCUUUCUUAACUCCACUUCGUAUAAACACAGGAGGCAGAAAGGUCAGUGGGACAAUGUAUAAUACGGGGAGACAUGUUUCUCUACGAUUAGACAAAGAGCAUUUGGUGAACAUCUCUGGAGGGCCCAUGACAUACAGUCACCGCUUGGAAGAGAUCCGGUUACACUUUGGAAGUGAAGAUAGCCAAGGAUCAGAACAUCUACUUAAUGGACAAGCUUUUUCUGGGGAGGUUCAACUAAUCCACUAUAACCAUGAGUUGUAUACAAAUGUCACAGAGGCUGCAAAAAGUCCCAAUGGCUUGGUGGUAGUUUCUAUAUUUAUGAAAGUAUCUGAAUCAUCAAAUCCGUUUCUAAAUCGCAUGCUAAACAGAGACACCAUAACAAGAAUAACAUAUAAAAAUGAUGCAUAUUUACUGCAGGGACUUAACAUUGAGGAACUUUAUCCAGAGACCUCUAGUUUCAUUACAUAUGAUGGGUCAAUGACCAUUCCACCCUGCUAUGAAACAGCAAGUUGGAUAAUAAUGAACAAACCCGUCUACAUAACAAGGAUGCAGAUGCAUUCUUUAAGACUGCUAAGCCAGAAUCAGCCAUCACAGAUAUUUCUGAGCAUGAGUGACAAUUUCAGACCAGUCCAGCCUCUCAACAAUCGAUGUAUCCGAACUAAUAUCAACUUUAGUUUACAGGGUAAAGAUUGUCCAAACAACAGAGCACAGAAAUUACAGUAUAGAGUAAAUGAAUGGCUCCUCAAGUAAUUAAGACAAACAGGAAGAACUCCUAACCUCAGUGGAAUGCUACUACUGUGAAUUGACAUAAUCUAGAAUGCACCCAGCCUCAUUCACUCUUUGGAUUCAUGACAGUAUGUGCAAACGUGCUGCAAGAAAAAAGCUGCCAAGAUGGAAACUCAACUAAAAAUUCAUUCAUCAUAAUAAAAAGACAAUAACUACAGUAAAUGUGAUUACAAUUUUGAUACAGUUUUCCUGAACUAAUUUAGCUUCACAAAGAAAGACUUUUCAGCCUUUGUACAUAUGAAAUUCUUUCUUUCCUCCCCUUCAAAAGAAAAAAUAAAAGAGGUGGCUCAGUACAGCAUCAAAGUGGAGUUGUGUUCUGUGUGCCAAGUAAUCUUUGGGAAGCUCAUUAUAUCCAUAUCAUUAACGGAUACUGACAAGACAGAACAAGAAGAUUGUAGAGGAAACUUAUUUCUAGGUUAUGAUCCUUCUGUUUAUUUAAUUUAAAAAAGGACAGAAAUUGAGAGAUAAGUAUUGUAAAUAUGUCACCGCAGAAUAUAAAGGAAAUUGAAAUAUAUCCCCCCCUUUGUCACAUAUCUGUAGUAGGAUUUGCCAAGAUCAGAAAUGAUCCAUUUUCUGUUUCUUGUUUUACAAAGGUCAUACAUUGUGUUUGGUUACUGUUAACAACUCAAUAAAUGUGUUUAACAAAUUAAUUUA